CCCCCCCCUCACCGUCGCCGCCGCACCAUACCAUAGCACACACCUACACCAACACCAAGCCCACCGGAAUGGCGUCUUGCCCUCUGUUCCUCCUAGCCCCACAACCUCCUCCUCCGCUCGUCACCGCCCGCCACUGCCCCUCGCCUCUCUCUGGCCGCGCACACCCCCGAAUUAGCUACGGUGCCCCCCGCCUCCGCCGCCGUCAGAGCUGCCGCUGCUCCUCCUCCCCCUGUUCUUCUUCUUCAUCCUCGUCCGGCCCUCGCGAGCGCUCUCCGAGGCCUCGGCAGCAGAAGCAGCGAACGGAGCAGCGGCCCGGCCGCGGCAGCGCCGUGGACCCCGUGGGCUUCCUCGUCAAGACUGGCGUCUCCGACCGCGCAUUCGCCCAGUUCCUUCGCGACCGGCACAAGGCUUUGAAGGACCGCAGAUGGGAGCUGUACUCUCGGUUUAUUGAUCUAAAAGAGGGGUCCUCUGGGUAUGAGUUAUUGGGAAUGCACCGUCAUCGGCAGCAUCGUGUGGAUUUCAUGGACUGGGCACCAGGUGCUCGGUAUUGUUCUCUGAUUGGUGAUUUUAAUCAGUGGUCGGCAACUGAAAACUGUGCACGAGAAGGCCAUUUGGGACAUGAUGAUUUCGGGUAUUGGUUUGUGAUACUUGAAGAUAAGCUCAGAGAAGGGCAAGAACCAGAUGAAUACUUUUUCCAGGAGUACAAUUAUGUGGAUGAUUAUGAUAAAGGUGACAAUGGUGUUGAUGCUAAAGAUUUAAUCCGUAGAAUGAAUGAAGAGUAUUGGGAACCUGGAGAAGUUACGUCACGCAAGUCUCGGUGGGAGACAGUUGCAAAGCUAUACGAGCAGAUGUUUGGCCCAAAUGGUCCGCAGACAGAAGAAGAGCUAGGUGAAAUACCUGAUGCUGAAACCAGAUAUAAAAACUGGAAAGCCACACAAAAGGAUGAGUCAUCCAGUUCAUCGCCUUCCUACGACAUCAUUGAUACUGGGCAGGAGUUUGGCAUUUUCAAUGUUGUAACUGAUCGAGCAUCGUUUGAAAAGUUUCAAGCAAAGGCAACUCCUCUUGCUUACUGGGUUGAAAUGAGGAAAGGAAGAAAAGCCUGGAUAGAGAAAUAUGUUCCAGCGAUUUCUCAUAAAGACAAGUACAGGAUUUAUUUUAAUACUCCUGAUGGUGCUUUAGAACGCGUGCCUGCUUGGGCAACUUAUGUUCUUCCAGACGCAGAGGGGAUGCAAUCCUAUGCAGUACAUUGGGAGCCUCCUCCAGAAGAAAUUUACAAAUGGAGAUUUGGACGACCGAAAGUCAAAGGUUCACUUAGGAUAUAUGAAUGUCAUGUUGGAAUAAGUGGAUCUGAGCAAAAGAUAUCGUCGUUUCAAGAGUUCACAUCCAACGUACUACCUCACAUAAAAAAUGCUGGAUAUAAUGCUGUUCAAAUAAUUGGAGUCGUGGAGCACAAGGAUUACUCCUCCGUUGGCUAUAAGGUCACAAAUUAUUUUGCAGUCAGUAGCAGAUUUGGCACCCCAGACGACUUCAAGAAACUAGUGGACGAGGCACACGGUCUUGGGUUGCUGGUUCUUAUUGAUAUUGUCCACUCCUAUGCAUCAGCGGACGAAAUGGUUGGGUUAUCCCUUUUUGAUGGGUCUAACGAUUGUUACUUCCACAGCGGGAAAAGAGGGCAUCACAAAUACUGGGGCACUAGAAUGUUCAAAUAUGAUGAUGUUGAUGUUCUGCACUUCUUGUUGUCUAAUUUAAGUUGGUGGGUUACCGAAUACAAGAUCGAUGGAUUCCAGUUUCACUCACUCUCUUCUAUGUUAUAUACCCACAAUGGUUUUUCUACAUUUACUGGUGCCAUAGAAGAGUAUUGCAAUCAAUACGUUGACAAGGAUGCGCUGAUAUACCUAAUUCUAGCAAAUGAGAUGUUACAUGAACUCCAUCCAGAUAUUAUAACAAUAGCAGAGGAUGCAACAUAUUAUCCUGGGUUGUGUGAACCAACCACCCAAGGCGGAUUAGGAUUUGACUACUGGGCCAAUCUUUCUAUUCCAGAAAUGUGGUUGUGGCAUCUUGAAAAUGUUCCAGAGCGAGAGUGGAGCAUGAACAAGAUUAUGAAAGUAUUGAUAAGCAGCAACCAUCAUAUGCUAUCUUACGUUGAAAAUCACAACCAGUCGAUAUCAGGGCGGAAGUCUUUUGCCGAGAUAAUUCUUAAUACAGGAAUGUACUCUAGUGGGUCAGUGGAUGAUGAUUUGAUUUUCAAGGCUUCCUCAUUGCUCAAGAUAAUCAAGUUGAUUACUUUUACAACGAGUGGAGGUGCAUAUCUCAAUUUCAUGGGUAAUGAAUUUGCUCAUCCAAAGAGGGUUGAGUUUCCCAUGUCAAGCAAUGACUAUUCCUUCCACCUAGCUUGUCGGCAGUGGGAACUAUUGGACAAGGGUGUUCACAAGCAUAUUUUCAAUUUUGACAAGGAUAUAAUGAGCUUGGAUGAAAAUGAAAGGGUAACUUCGAGAGGUUCACUCAAUGUUCAUCACUGUGACGAUACAAACAUGGUGAUAUCUUUCACAAGGGGGCCUUUCCUUUUUGUAUUUAAUUUCAAUCCAGAAGUCCCCUAUCAACUGUAUCGUGUUGGUGUGGAUGAAGCUGGGGAAUACCAACUUAUCUUAAACACGGAUGAAACUAAAUAUGGUGGCCGUGGGGAACUCAAGAGUAGUCAGUAUAUGAAAAAGACUAGUGACAGAAGAGCUGAUGGCUGUCGCAACUCCUUGGAAUUGGCAUUAGCAUCUAGAAAUGCUCAGGUAUACAAGUUGGUCCGAAUCUUGAGAAUAUAGGCUGUCGACACUAAUUACUGUGACAUACCAAAUAAUCAAUGUCCUCCGAAGAUGGACUAUCAUUGCCAAUGUUCAAGUUGGAAACAUGGGUGUCGAAAAUGAGAUUGGAGUCAGCAUACAAGUCAAGCUCCCCCAGCGCGGCAAGCUCAGUGAAAAGCUUUGACUGUGCUAUAAAUUCUGGCCAUGAGCAAGUUCUCAAAAAUAAAACAUGCCAUUUCAGCUACAGUACACCUGGUGCUUGCCCGGAUCUUGAAAGGACCCCGCUACCCCCUGAUGGCAUUUGCUAACCCCCUGAUGGCAUUUUAUGUGUACUGGGUGAGACAGGGGGGUGGCAUUUUAUGUGUACAGUUUGUUUGAAUUCCGGGGAGAUUUUGUCAGAAAACUGCCACCGUCAGAUCUAGAUCUAAUGGCUCUGGGGGUGUUCGCCAGGAUAGAUCUGACGGCUCUGGGGGUGUUUGCCAGGAUUUUGGUCUCUUGGAUAACAUUUCCCUCAUGAAAUCACCUCAUUCCAGAUAUAAUGGUUAACUCCCCAUAGGUAGAGCAUGGAUGCGCGAUUGACGAUGUAAGGUUCAGUUCGAGCAUAGUGGAGCAAUGUGUUGGAUUUGUUACAACGGUGGUUUAAUUUUAACUAUAAGCUUCACAGUCGGUCGAUCGAUCGGGAACGAAUGGAGCAGAUGAUCUGCAGCAACUAUUGUUGACGUUAGUAUUGGGAAAGCUAAUAAUUCACUUAGCUAGUCUCAUCUUUGUGCAAAGAGAACUUGAACAUCAAGAAUAGGUUCGAUGUUUGCAGGAGAGACGAAUAAGGUAGCGCUACAUGUUUCUCUUAGAGCUUACCAGCAGUUUAGUAAAAGCAAUGUUUGUUCAUUCAUGACUAAGUUUCCGGUGCUCAUAUUUUUGGUUGGAAGACUCAAUGCAGCAAAGUCAUUUUGUGUGGUUGCGUC